AUGGGCCGAGUUCGCACAAAGACCGUGAAGAAGGCUGCCCGCGUCAUCGUGGAGAAGUACUACAGCAAGCUGACCCUCGACUUCCAGGUCAACAAGAAGAUUACCGAGGAGGUGGCCACCAUUCCAUCCAAGCGCCUCCGUAACAAGAUCGCCGGCUUCACCACCCACCUCAUGAAGCGAAUCCAGAAGGGACCUGUUCGUGGCAUCUCGCUGAAGCUUCAGGAGGAGGAGAGGGAGCGACGCAUGGAGUUCGUGCCUGACCGGUCAGAGGUGGACACCAGCUUCAUCCAGGUGGAUGGCGACACUAGGGACAUGCUGAAGGAAAGCACAAAUCAAGUGAAGGCACCCGCCCCGCUGCGCCCUGACAAGCCGAAGCUUCACGUCCAAGUCAGCCACGUGGAGUGCAUUGUGCAGCACCCGGAUCCCCCAGGCGAACAUGCCGAGACGCUGCUGCUGCCGAAGAUGGAGGAGCCCCCGAUGGACCCCGCCGACGACGAGCUGGAACCGGCCGGACUCCGUAGCCUCAGCUGGUGGGAGAAGCAUUUUGGCUUGCCAGUGGUGGCACAUGAUCCUGAUGAGGCCUUUCUGCUCACCAGCAGCGCCCCGCGGUUCGAAGCGCGAGGACAGCAUCUUGCCGAAGUUCCCGAGCUUCCGGGACAGGAGGCGGCUGUUGCGUCCGUCCUGCCAGACUUCCGCCAGUUCAUGGCCAAGGACGAACAGCUUCACGUGCUGUGGGACCAGGCUGUCCAGGCAGACCCAAGGAUCUUCCGAGACAUUCCUUCGGAGGAUCCCAUAGCUGAUCAGAUCGAGAAGGCAAUUCGGGUGUCCGCCGUGCAGCCCAGAACCUGGAUGUUGGCAGGCGUUUUCCUGUCGGGCAUGGCCGAGGGCCUCCUUGGAAAGUCCAGCCUGACUGCAGAGCAGGCUGCUCGACGUGCUCGGCUCUUUGCGAUUGCCUCGAAGCUCACGGCCAAAGCAGGGCGUCGGCGGGACGCCCACGCACGUGAGCUGGACCAACUGGAAAGCGAAGAAGGUCAGCAUGCGCUCGAGGUCGAGAUGAUCUCGCCGCUCUCGAAAGUGUCCUUCAAGAACUUCACGGUUGAUCUCAGCGAGCAACCGGCAUCCCCCACAUCUGCCGCCAAGGAGAUUCUCCGCAACGCGCUGGCGAAAACACCUAUCGACCUGGAGGAGCUGUCCAUGGCGCUGGAGCACGCGCGCAGGGCAGAUGUGGACUCACUGUUGCUCCAGCGGGGAGAGGAUGUCUUCAUGGAGCUCAUCGAGAAGCAGGCGGCCGUGACGCGCCUGGCCACGGCGCUGCAGAACCGGAUGCUCAAGGACCUCCGCCAGGCCAUUGCGAAGGCGGAGUCCGCCAAGAUUGGCCCCGACGAGUUUCCGGACAGCAGUGGAUGCGGCAUCGUUACAAGGGCAAAGGCUGUGGUCGAGCAGGAAGAGCUGGCCGCCAUGGAGGAGCUGCGGCGUUCGCUGAAGGGUGGUGCGGGAGCCCCCCGGGGUGGCUUCGCACGCCUGGGCGCCGCGGACGUGGCAGCACUUCGCCAACUCCUUGGCGAGCGAAACGUGGUGACACCCGAGGAGACGCAGCGCGAGGAGCUUCUCAGAUUUAACCAGGACUGGAUGGGCAAGUGGGAAGGCCGUAGUGCGGCAAUUCUGAAGCCAGCAUCUACCGCAGAGGUGUCUGCUGUCCUCAAGUAUGCCAAUGAGAAGAACUUGGCCGUGGUACCUCAAGGCGGCAACACAGGCCUUGUUGGUGGCUCCGUUCCUGUACAUGAUGAGCUCGUUCUCUCCCUUUUGCGGAUGAACCAGGUAGAAGAUCUCGACACACGCUCCGGCAUCGUCACCGUGCAAGCAGGCUGCGUGCUGGAGCAGCUGGACCAGCAUCUUGCCCAGCACGACUUCAUGGUCCCCCUUGACUUGGGCGCGAAGGGCACCUGCACCAUCGGUGGGAACGCGGCAACCAAUGCAGGCGGCCUCCGGUACUUGCGCUACGGCUCCCUUCGUGGCAAUAUCCUUGGCCUGGAAGCCGUGCUUGCCGAUGGCAAGGUGGUGAACUCCCUCUCGGCCCUGCGCAAGGACAACACUGGCUAUGGGCUGCCGCAGCUGUUCAUCGGAUCCGAGGGCACAUUAGGCGUGAUUACAAAGCUGACGAUCCUGUGCCCCCCGCGUCCAAAGGCCAUUAACAUCGCCUUCUUUGCCUGCGCCGACUUCGAGAGCGUCCAGCGCACCUUCGCGCUGGCGCGUCAGAACCUCGGCGAGGUGCUCUCCGCCGUGGAGUUCUGCGACCGCACGGCAAUUGACUUUGUGCUGAAGCGCGAAGCUGGAACCGGCGUGCGUGACCCUCUUGACGACACGCAUCCUUUCUACGUGCUGAUCGAAACCUCAGGGUCCGACGGAGACCACGACACAGAGAAGUUGCAUCGAUUCUUGGAGGCUGCCAUGUCUGGCGAUGGGGAUGCCGCCGUAAGUGACGGCGUUGUGGCAGCGGAUGAGACCCAGGCACGCGCCAUCUGGAGGCUUCGCGAGGGUGUCAGCGAUGCGAUGACCACGGCAGGUUAUGUCUACAAGUAUGACGUUUCCCUACCACUUCCUCGCAUGUACGAGCUGGUCGUGGACACACGUGAGAGGUUGCGAGCUGCUGGUGUAGAGGAUUCCACCAGAACUGCUGGGUACGGCCAUCUAGGCGACGCAAACCUUCACUUGAAUGUGACCUCCCUCACUGGUCGGGAUGACAAGGUCCUGGAUCUGUUAGAGCCCUGGCUCUUCGAGUGGGUGGCGAAGGCCAAGGGCAGCAUCAGUGCAGAGCAUGGUAUCGGCCAGUGCAAGCCUCACUUCCUGCACCUCAGCAAGGCUGACAGCGCUGUCGAUCUAAUGAAGACGUUGAAGGCCACCCUGGACCCGCAGGGCAUCCUGAAUCCCUACAAGGUCCUUGUGUAG